CGUGUCGCGUCGCUACGGUACACCGAUCGUUUUGGAAUUUUCGGAGAGAGAAAGAAAGAAAGAGAAAGAGUGUGUGAACGGCGCCACUGCCCAAGUGCUCAGUUGCCCAGUUGCCCACUGCGGUGGCGGGAGUGCUGGGACUGGCUGGGACUCGGAUCUCGGAUCUCGGACAUGUGGAGUUGAGGAGUUGUGUGGAGUAGUUGGGACACUCGAGACUCGGGAUCUGUCGAAGAGGAGAGAACUUCAGGAGGAGCAAAGACGAGGCGAUCGAGGCUGUUGAAAAACAUCGGGGGAGGGGAAGGGCGAGGAGUGUUCGCGCUUCGUGAGGCACCGCACAUUAAGCACGUACAAAACAAGCGAUGCUCGUCACACCGAACAGAGAGUCUGGCGGCUCGCGCGUUUCUUGGUCGGUUGCCGCAAGUUGCCACUUCGGCGAGGGAGCUUAAUUUGCUCUCGGUCUCAUCUCGUCGUCCUUUCUUCCAGAAAAUACAUUUCAGGUGAUUCUCUUCAUCUUUUCCUGCCGCUUCUGUAGUCGCGGGUCACGGCAAUCACGAGACGCGAGCGAGAGUGCGAGAGACGUGGACAUUAGACAUUCUUCUCGUUCAAUGCCUGCUCCUCCGUGCUAUCUCGACGCUAGCAGGCCGGGGAUGUCGGCACGGGGACGGGUGCUCGCGGGUAUCGCCGUCGUCGAUCGAGCACGAGCAACGCAGUACGUUCCACGAACGUAGCGAACGUACUCGCAUCCUUCUUGGGAGAUGUCUUGCAGCGAUGGUGCGCGACCAUCGAUUACACGUAAAUACGGCACAAAGUCGCCGAAGAAACUGUGCGUGACCAAGAGUGAGAACGGCGACAAGACCACGACGACGAUUAGCUGCGCCGGCCACCGUCAUAACCACUAUCAUCACGGUCAUUAUCGUGGCUUCCUGGAGGGAAUUCCGCAGCCAUCGGUACAUAAACGCAAUCUCCAUAUCGUCUCCUAUCCACUGAUACUGCUGUUCAAUGUGCUGCGCACGCUGUUGUAUCAGCUGUUUGUGGUGUUCAAGUACUUGUACACUUCUACGUCUCAGCUGAUCCAGCGCAGGCAGGCGUCCAAACAGGCCUGUCAAUUGGAGAUUGUCGUAGGGCAAAAGCCAACGGAUAGCCAACGUACGAUUAAUGGUAACAGGAUAGAAGACACAGAGAUCAUGUCGCAAGUGCCUAGACGGCCCAUUGGACCAGGUCCCGGAGACCCGUUGCUAGCCAAGCAGAAGCAUCAUCACCGCAGAGCAUUCGAGUUUAUUAGCAAAGCGCUCAAGAUUGACGAGGAUAACGAAGGACAGAAGGAAAUGGCGAUAGAAUUAUACAAAAAGGGAAUUGGAGAAUUGGAGAAGGGAAUAGCUGUAGAAUGUACUGGUGGAACUGGUGAGGUAUGGGAACACGCACAAAGACUUCAUGACAAGAUGUGUACGAAUCUGGCGAUGGCGAAAGACAGACUCGAUUUCCUUGUGAGUGUGCGUGAGCUGAGAAAGCUGGGUAUCAACCAUGAUAUCAACAAUCGCGCAUCUGGAAAUAAAACGGACAGCGAACAUCCGGGAAAGCAUCUGAGGGCUCGCCGCAACACACACACUUUUCAAACCGCUCGAACUUCACUCAACAUUAAUCACAAUAGAAACACAAACAAUAUACACAUGACAAUUAACGCCAAACAGACUAUGUGUACUCAGAUUCCCAAGUUAAGGCCACGUUCACCAAAAAACAGUUUCGCUCAUACUACUGAAGCAUCCGGCAGGAAACUAUCGGUUCCUGGCAAACGAAUGACAGGAACGCCCCUAAGUAAGAGUCAGACGCUGCCUCGAAGCAUGGGUAGAUCGACGCCUAUUCAAUCUUGUCACAGGACCAUACCUAUCAAACCGUCCUCUACGCCCCCCUCUGUGAAAAGACAGCUGUCUGUGCCGAGCAAUGGUUCACCUGUAAGACGUCCAGGAACUCCCACUACCUCGAACAGUAAUAAAAGCACACCUACCAGAAAAGUUCCCGUUUUAAAAGGCGUGGAUCCAAAACUCGCGCAAGUGAUUCUCGAUGAAAUCUUAGAAGGAGGAGCACCAGUGCAAUGGGAAGACAUCGCUGGUCAAGAGACCGCAAAGCAGGCUUUACAAGAGAUGGUAAUCCUACCGUCACUACGACCCGAAUUAUUUACCGGUCUGCGAACACCCGCGAGAGGAUUGUUACUGUUUGGACCACCAGGAAAUGGAAAGACAUUGUUAGCGCGUGCCGUUGCAACUCAAUGUAACGCAACAUUUUUUUCAAUUUCUGCCGCUAGUCUCACAUCGAAAUAUGUCGGAGAGGGUGAAAAAUUAGUGAGGGCUCUAUUCGCUAUCGCUCGAGAGUUUCAGCCAUCUGUUAUUUUCAUCGAUGAAGUGGAUUCAUUAUUGAGCGAACGAAAGGAUAAUGAACACGAAGCCUCGAGGAGACUAAAAACAGAAUUCUUAGUUGAGUUUGACGGUUUACCGUGCAAUCCAGAAGAGAGAGUGCUCGUUAUGGCUGCUACGAAUAGACCACAGGAAUUAGACGAGGCUGCAUUAAGGCGAUUCACAAAACGUGUGUAUGUCACAUUGCCUGACUUGCAGACGAGGAUUGUCUUACUCCGAAGACUUUUGGCUAAACACAAUGAUCCAUUGACGUUCGACGAGUUGAACGAGAUGGCAGUUCUUACAGAAGGAUAUUCGGGAAGCGAUUUGACUGGAUUAGCUAAAGACGCAGCACUUGGGCCUAUCAGAGAACUGAAUCCAGAUCAAGUGAAAGAAUUGGAUCUCAAUUCCGUUCGUAAUAUCACAAUGCAAGAUUUCCGUGAUUCUUUAAAAAGAAUUCGCAGAUCCGUUUCGCCGGCAAGUUUAGCUGCCUAUGAGAAGUGGAACUUUGACUAUGGAGAUGUGAGUCUUUGAUUUGAGAUAAAGCAUUUGAAUGAAAGGCUCCAGAAAUAAUCGCGUUUUAAUUAAACUUAAUUUUCAAAACAAGACUAGAAACAGUCCAAAGUGUCGGAGUCAUGUAAAAGCGAAUAUUAGCUCAAUAAUACAGUUCUUACAUUUUUAUUCUUACGAACACAAUAUUGGUACUUAGAAAAAAGACAAAAAAAAAUGAGUGGGGGGAGGGGGAGAAGAAGAAGAAGAAGAAGAAGAUAAUGUCCUUCAAAUCCCUAACGUAUUUUCAUCUUGAUGAAAAGUCAUUUCAUAUUCAUUUAAUAUUAUCACAUUUCAUAUUAAACUUGUUGUCCGGUUCUCAUUCUAAUUUAGCAAUCACAUUAAAGCAAUCUUUUGUGAUAAAUAAAACUUAAGUUCAGGGAAUGAUUUAAUGUCAAAUAUAUCUUAAAAAUAUGUUUCUUAUUAAUUUUAAGAAAUCUAAUAUUCCAUGUACUGCGUAUGUCAUUUCCAGUGAUCAAAUGUUUGCAGUUACGUUACUUUUAAUGUGUUACCAGUUUGAUAUUAAAGAAAAACUGUCUUUAUUAUUUACAUUGAUAUUUAUAUAUUCUACUAUCUUCCUUACAGCUCUUUUGUAACACGUUGUAUUUGAAAUCUAUGAUACAAUACUGUUUGUUAUGAUAAUGUGCAUUUAAUAUCAAAGUGGGAAUUAUGUAUUGUCGCGAUUAACGCAUUAAAUAUUUGAAAAUGUGCAUUUAAGGAAGAAUACAUGUGACUUAAUAUAUAAUCUGCAAUUAGAAGGAAUCCUUUUAAGUUGUAAAUAUUUCAAUUAUUAUUAUGUCGUUUAUGAUAAAAUUGAAAGCAAGUUUAACACAAUGACAUAACUCGACUUAUUUUUGCAGCAGUAGAAAAACUUGAUUUGCAAACGGUGCACGUCUAAUCAGAUAAUAAAAAAUAAGACCUAUCAGUGAUUACAUUCAACAAAAAAAAGCAGCUUUGUAAUUGUAAAAUUCUUCAAUGUGAUUGGUUCUUGCUCUUAUGUCCUGUUGAAUCUAGAUGUAUAAACCAAUCAUAAAAAAAUCUUACAACAGUUGCAAAGCUGCUUUUUUGCUGAAUGUAGUCAUUGUCACAUACAAAAAGAAAAUAAUUAUUUAUAAUAUUCAUGCGACAUAGUAGAACAUACAAAUAUACAAACAUGUAUCUCUGCAACAUCCAAAAUCGAGUGAAAACAUUCAAUAAAUUUCGCCGAUUUUGUACUGUGCCUAUAAGUAACUCUUCAAGUUAAGUUGCGAAUAUUAACUGUUACGUUUGACUAUUUUCAAGAUUUGUUUAAUAUUUAUUAAUAUAUCAAUACGUUAGGAAUGACUAUAAUGCAUGGAAUUACGCGUGCAG